UUCACCGAAAACGUCAGACUUCAUUCGCAUCAAUAUUCUCGAUUCCUGGGAUUCGACUCGAAAAACGGCGUGUUGCAGUUGGUGACGGCCCGAGCGACAAGGGUUGCUUAGUUUUGUCAACGAUUUUCGAGCGAUCCUGCGUCGGAGAAAAUCGAUUCAACUACCAUCCUCUAAGAUUCUGCUUGAACCAGGAGGAGAAAGAUCGUCGAAUCGAUAUUCGAUCGUCGAUUACGAAGGAUCGAUCGAUAGAUAAGCUUUUUCAGAGUCUACGAUAACGAGUGAAUUCGUUCGAAUUCGUUAACGUUAAUAUCUCUCCCUACGACGCCUUUUAGAGGUCCUUAGAAUACUUAUCAUAGUGAAAGCAAUAAAAUUAUACGAGAGAACAGACGAGUGAGUGAUACAAGCAAAAGAAAAUUUAAAAAAAUGAAAAAAAAAUAAGAAAAAAAACGUACACGUACAUGUAAGCAGAUUAUAAUGCGCUUCGAUCGUUCAGUUUGCAAAGGAAUCGGUAGAUAUCAGUAAGCUUGAUGAGGGAAUUAGCGAUCGACGUUGUUUCUUUAGCGGAACGAGCAUUACUGAUCGACAGAUAUGAUUGUAUCGUGCUCGAGCACCGAAUAAAUCGAAAUUAGAGUCGAACGAAUUGGUUCUUCGAUAGGAAGAAGAUUCGAAACAAUCAACUUCAAUCUUAGGGCAAAAAGUUUGCGUAUUUUUCUUGGAUACUCGACAAUUUCUAGCCUUUUGCACUAUAAACUCACCGCUUCGAAGACACUAUUUUUACUAUUUUAAUCUUUCUCUAUUGUCAUUGAACGAUAUAACAUAAUAAAAUUAACAUUUUCAUCAAAAAUAAAAUCCAAUUGUGACAAUAUUGAAAAUGAUGACAGGAUGAAUUUGAAUAUUAAUUUCACUGAAGUUUAUCUUUAAAUAUUAACAAUUUCAAAUAACCGCAAGCAAUAAUAUUACAUAUUUGUAUUUUAUAUCGAAAGAUAUAAAAUAAUUACAGUGCAAAGAGCUAGAGUUUCUCCAACAACGAAUGAUUGAAGCUGGUUCAAAGAUUCGUCGUUUGAAAUUGUUCGUAAAGACGGUUAAUUAAAUCUUUUUCGGGUUGACAAAACGCGAUUUGUAAGCACUCACGAAGCGAAUCGUUUAGUUUCUCGCGCACCGAUUGUCUUCGCUCUUAUUAGUCUGUAAAGAUUGUAAAGAUUGUAAAUAACGGGUUCCCGCCCUUCUCUCUCUUCACCCUAACUUUCUUCAGUUUAGUUUAAUUAACUGAAAAAAAUGCGAGUACUGUGGGAUCGAAACCGUCACAACAUUAUUCCUUUUUGUCAUUGAUGAUCAGAAUUUCGAAUAACAAAUUAAAAAAUGAAAUUGAACAAUGAAUUGUCUAUUUUUAAUUACUUGGUAGUCGAUCUAUUAACUUUAGAAAGAUUAAGAUGAUUGAUCGACCCCACUAAUUAAUAAAGAAAAUUACCAAAAGAUUAUUUAUCGAGCGGUCACGUGCAAAGCUUUGUCUCUCUAGGGUUAAACUGGCUUCCCCAAAAAAGAAUCGAAAAUGUUUGAUUUCCAACGCUAUCACGAACUCCCGCAGUACCGUACUCAACCAUUCCGUGUGUUGGCAAGCAUGGUUCAUUGCUCCGUGUUGAUUCAACGGGGGGUUGUUUUAGAGAGCAAAUUAAUUAACUCUCGUGCUUUCAUUCACCUGUAUUUCGCUCAGUUUUCCUUCGUACGAACACGAAUUUCGAUUGAAGCUUCGCUUUUAUUCGUGACACCGUUUCGCCUCGGUUCUCGAUGGAAAAUCGGCUUUCAGUUUUUGAUCUCCAAUCGAUCCCGACGAGCAGCUCACUACAUUUUUUUAACAAUUAACUUCUUCCAACCCUAUGCUGAUGUUGGAAGGGUUAAUUAUUAUCGUUGCUUCAAGACACGAUAGUUUGGGAAUAGUUACUAAAUUUUCAACGAUUCUUUUGCGAUUGAAAAGUAUUUUAAAGUACCAUGCGCCGCGUGGGUCAUUGAUGGCUCAAGAAAUGCGUUCGCAUAUUUUCUUUGUUUGUACUACAAAAUACACGUUCCUUUUAUUAAACGUUCCUUGCACAAAUAUUCACGUUUGCAACGCUGUUCCACCUAUUUCCCGUCGAGCUUGUAUCAAAUUCAGUGAAACAGAUCAGUGCGCUGUUCGUCGCGACGCUCGUGAUUCCCUUUGGUCGUCGAACGGAGACGUUGGUUCGCAACUUGGGUCGGCAGCUACCGAUCGUGUUGCAAAAAUCAAAUUUCCGCGAACCGCAGAAAUUUCAUCGUCGUGAGCCGACGACUAGCGAAGGUUGUUACAAUUUUAGUGCGUUUACGCAAGAAUCGCGAUCUGUGAUAUUCUUAAGCAGUACUUAAGCAACUCGAGGAUCCCUUCCUUCUGUUCAUUCUCGAUGGUUGAUUAAAAAAUGAAAAUUAUAAAUUCUGAUUGGAUUGGUUAAAUAUAUUCGAUGGAUCUUAUAGAUCAUCGAGGAUGACACUUGGACGAUCCUCGUCGAAUCGAAAGCAUAAAGUCACGUUAUUUAAACACCGUUGUAAAUGUAAAUGGCUGAUAACUCAUAUGGCAAAUAAAUAUGAUUUAUAUACAAAAUCAUCUUCCUCAGAUCUCUAUUUCUACGUUUGAAAGUGUUAUCCCUUGAAGAUAGAAGACAGUAUCGUUGAUCCUAUCGAUCAUUCAUAGACGGAAAACAGUCGAGUAUCUCGACGUUCCUCUGCUUCUAACCCCUGCGUGAAAUGCAACAGCAAAUCAGAUCAACUGUAUAAAAAAUCAGUAACCAGCGAGUGAAAGUUUCAACUAUUCUUCUUUUACUGUUAUUCAUCCUUUCUAAUAUCUUUACACCGUUAGCAAUUAUUAGAGCCUCGAAGCCUGCAUCCAAGAAUGAGCUCCCUGACAGAUCAUCUAACAUGUCAUUGGCUGUCUGGCACCUCCUGAUCCUCUGGAUGAUACUGAUCUCCUGUUCAAUUAUGAGCGAAGCACGGUUUCCCUAUGUGUCAGAAUUCGAGUACAUCCCACGGCUUCAUCCUUCCAGAAAUCCAGAUUGCCCAUCGCGAUUCGUUGGGAAAGAUAAGAUCCAAGAGAAUGUAAAUGGAUGGAAUCGACCGUCGAUAGAGAUCAGAGCGGUGCUGUCUCGUUGCACAAAGUAUUCUAACGAUUUUAACAAGCGACGAGCGCGACGUGGCUACACAGAGCAUCAAGGGAUAACAAAUUGCACGCGGAAGAUUGUUAUCAACAUAAGGUUCAACAAUAUCGGCAAGACCGAAAUGGAAGAGAAAUUCAUAGUGAUCGAUCACGUGCUGGAUUCGGCCACGAUGAAAAAGAUGCCACUACAGAAUCCAUACGUAAUCAAAGUUCGUCAAGAAGCAGUAUUACAAUUGUACGGUUUAAAAUUUCAAAGCGUUGUUAACGCAGAGGCGAGGGAAGAUGUGAUUAACAACGAGAGCCCGAAUUACACCGGGUGUAACGUUGAUCCGGAGAAUCCAACCUGCGGUCAAACGUUCAUGCGUGGAGAACCAGUUCCUUUUAGCCAGGGUUUCUGCUGUUCCUGCGAUCCGAGGGUGAAUGCUAGACGUCAGUUCGCAGGCUCGAACGAUUCCGUCGAAAGUUUCGAUGCCGCAGCCAAGUCAAACUACAACGACGUCGCAAACAAACCUCGCAACAGGUUAGCAAACCAGAACGGGUAUACAAGAAUAGCGAACGAUCCGAUGGCGGAACGCCAGAUCACGAAGAAUGACUCUCGAUCGAUGAAGAAAUCAAACACGCGACCCGUGAAUUCUGCUAGCAGCGAAACAAUUGGAAGCAGUGUUUCCAGGUCGGAUGCACGUCGUGAAAAAGACGCGCUGCAUAAAUCGAUCGAUCGAUCCUCGCCGAUGUCAUUGCGUGGAAACAAAGAAGAGAACAAUCACGGGGAGUAUCUCCUAUCGGGGAAAAAGGAAGCCACGAAUUCCCGUGUCACGGAUUCCAGCGAUAGCGAAAAACAUUCCAGAGAACGGGAGGUCGCCUCGUCGACAUCGGUGUCGUCCACGAGACCGGAAGUGUCCGCUGGAAGGACGCCAAGCGGUGAUAAAACAGCGUCCAACAGGAACGUUGCGUGCGACAGAACGAUUCAACGGGAAAAUGUCUCUGGGGGAAAAUCAGGAAAAGCUGGUCUCGGUGAAAAACAAGGAAAUCAGGUGAAAAUGGUAGAUAAAGAAAAUUUCAAUGGCGGUAAAUCGAUCUCUGACGUAGAACGUUUCAAUUCCGUGAAAAAACAGCCGAAAAAUCGACAGUCCCUGACAGAAAACGAAAGAAAUAAUCGCGAAUUCCAGUUGGUUGAUUCGAAAACGGAAGUUGAAAAAUCACGGCGAGAGGGAGGGAAACACGCGGGCCGAUCGAAGAGCAUGAAAACGCAGAAUUCGUCGAUGGAUUUAACUGAUACAAAGGAUUCAUUUCGUUCGAGCAAGCAGGAAUUAAAGAAAAAAUGGUGGAAGAAGGCAGUUACAUCAGCGAACUAUGUCAAGGAGGACGGGCGAAAGGGUGAAUCCUUCACUGGAAAUAAAGGUUCUCUCCCAAAGAAGAGGAACAAAGCGUUUCCCGUUACUUCGACAAUCGAUUCAGUACCGAUCCGACCUGCUAUGCAUUUAAACGAGCCUUUAAAAAAUUUGUCGACAGGUGUAUUGAAUAGCAAUGGGUCUCCUGUGAGCCAGUCAGCUCGCUACACCGGCAAAGGUAAUUUGAAUAGAGUAAUGGAAGGUACGUCUCGCCGGCCGGAUAUUAGAGUCAAGAGUUUUAACGAGAAACAUGGAACGGUCGUAGCAGGAUCGCACGGGAACGAGAAAUCGAUUCGUACCCUCGAAGACGUCGGUGUGAAGUUGAUUUCGCAGAUGAUCAACAUCGACGAGAACCUGUUACAAAAUGACGAUUGUUUCGACGGUAUAAAGAAUCGUCCGUGCAAAGGGAGUAUCGAAAAUUACACGCCGCAGAAGAGAACCUUGAAGAACCUGUCUUAUCGUAAGAAUAGGCAGAAUCGUGACCGCAGAAACCAGAACGAACACGAAAUCGAUGGUUACCAAAGCGAAAGAAACUUUAGACGAUCCAAUGGACCGUUUCGUGCUGGAAGAAAUCGACGCAGAUCGAAAGGGCGAAACGAACCAUCCUCGAGACGAGGUCGUCGAAAGAGGAGGAGCAAAAACCUUGACGAUGACAAAGGAUUCGCGUCGGGGAAUCCGAAUUCCGCUCGCGAGGUCCAAGUGUACAUAGACUCCUCGAGACCCUUGCUGGAACGCACGAAUGAUCAUCCAAGGUCGGGUAAAUUCACGCAUCGUAGAGCUAAGCCGAAUAACGUUGCCGAAGCUACCAACGGCCAGGAAUCGAUGUCAAAGGACAAUUUAGAUAAACGGAUCGAAGAGAAGUUUAGUCGUAUAAACGACGUGCUGAAGGAGGAUUCGAUGGGGUCGAAGGGAAGCGUGGAAGAGGUGCCGGAAACCCCUGAAAUUGAUAAGACGAAGCAGUAUAGCUAUCGCGAUGACACAGAGACGGGGAAUAAGCUUGAGGAAACGAAUGAUGUAUCAUCUGAGCAAAAAGUUGAGGAGACUCGGGAUAGGGACGCGUCGAACGAAGCCACUGAGCCAAUUCUUGAAGACAAAAUGAAUCAAAUUGAAGAUGAUACAGGGUUGGAUACAAAUCUUGACCUUGAAGCUGAGAAUUUAGGAAAAGAUGAAGAAAUAAAUGAUCAUCCAGGUAGUAAUUUACCCGAGAACAAAUUUGAAAAAUCCAAGAGUUCAACAUCCAAUUCUGACCUUGUGAUUUCACCGACGAUGGGAUCAUCGAUGAUCGACGAUCAAUUGAAAGUAACCCCAGAUCUAUCUUUAUCAGAAAACGCAGAGAAUGCCGAGGAUUUUGCUUUAACUAAAGAAACAUCGACGGAGAUCACGCAGGCAUUGAUAGUAGUCGAUCUCUUCAAGGUGGUAACCAAUCCGCUGAACCAGCAGCAGCAAACCACCGUUCCGAAAGAUACCUCGAAGCCGUCCAAUCGAUCCACGGUGGUCAGCCGGUUGGGAAGUCUUGGUAAAAGCAUACAGAAAGCCUUUGGUCUUCGGGUUCAGUCGGAAACAACUCGUCAAACAUUCGCGAUCACUAGUACACUGGGGUUGAACGAGUCAACAACGACGACGGAGAACACGACGGAAGCAACGACGACCGGUGUUGGUACCACGAAGAUCACGGAUCAGGUUUUCCGACCUUCGAUCAAGCCCCUCAAAGACGCAUCGAAGCAAACUUCUGGCGAGUUCCAUAACGAGGUUGUCAUCGACGAGUUGACUUUUCCUGACGAGACCAAUCCCCCAACGACUGCCGCAACUACGCUUGUUCGACGAAGAUUCGAUUCGGAAAUCAACCUGAUAACCGAAGAGCGACGAAGGAAGAAGAAACGUAUGACACCUUUGGCGAUUCAGAAUAAGGAUUCAUCGUUGGAUGAGUUUCGUCAGCCGUACAGGUACCAUAGAAGUCCUCGUGCCGAUAAUCCUUGGUACCACGGAGGGAAGAAGGAUUCGAUGAAAUUCUCCUUCGAAGCUGAAAACGUUAAUCUGAUGAAAGAGAAGCUGGGCUCGAGCAACAGUUUCCUUCGUGAACAGCGGAAUUACGUGCAAUUGAUGGUUAAUGGUCAGGACGAUGCUGAAAAGGCGAAUUAUGGGAAAGGAUACAGGCUGAAGAAAGAUCGGAGCGACCCAGUGAAUGGAGGUAGAAGAAGAAAAGCAGAGAUCAGAAAUUCGCCAGGAAUUAAGUGGAUUCAUCAUCCAUGGUACUCCACUACAGAGUCUUCGGAGUAUACCGUUAAAAGUAAGAAUCGUGCGGACGGUGUUCUUCCUAGCAGAAGUCUGACCAAUUCAAAAGAAACUGGAAGAAUCCAGAAGGAAUCUGAUAACUUGAAUCAGCCAGAAAUUUCAGGUAGAAUACUACCACCUUGUUCUAAAAGUAAAUAUCGUAGAAGCAGACGUCUGUUGUCCGUUAAAAACUCGAAGAGUACCAAGAGGAACCAUCAAAAGACGAGUAAAAAUAAAAAGAAGCACGCUAAAGACGACGAGGAUGAUGAAUAUGAGAAGGAGUCUUCUAAACAUCUAAAGAGUUUGAGGUCGCGCGUGGAGAAGUCGAAGAAACGAGACACUGAACGAGCCUCUUCGAAACGAAAUAAAAGUAACAAAAACCGUAGCAAAAAGCAGCUGCAAUCACCAUUGGAGGAUUCGUUCGAGGGCUACGAUUAUUCGAUGCCCAAGGAGCCGGGGUACGAAGUCCUCGAAGAAAGGCAGGCCAAGGAUGUCGGCAACCCUGAAGAGUCUCUCGAAAACGACGAAACAGUUCCUUUCAUAGAAGAAUCUGCCCAGAGGAUGAUUCCUGGAGAUUCGAGAAUCCAAGAGAACGUGCAAAACGACGAUUCGUACAGCCGGUUAGCGGACAACAGUGUGCCGGUUGAUUUCGACAGAUUGACGGACAAUUCGAAGGCGGAGGAUUCGGUUCUGAGCGAGAAGGAUGGGCAAGAAUUGGGGAAAGAUUUCGAGAUAUCACUGACAGGGAAAAUUCACUUGGAAAGCGAUUCGAACGGGCGACCGGUGUCCAUCAGUUUCAAUGCCGCGCCGGAAUUCCUGCCAAAGAGUUCCAUCGAUUCUGGGACGAUGAACGAGUACGUCGAUCGAUUGCCAUCAGAGUCAGCCUCCAGUUCUUUAGUCGACGCGUCGAACACGGACAAUGCUAAUUUUUUGUCGAACGCUUUCGGCGCACAACCGGUAGACUCUGACGAGACGGGUGAUCAAUCGAAAGAAUACUCGGGUGUAAUCCGUGAAAGAAAUGGUAACGCUGUGAAAUACAGAGACGUGAAUCGUCCUCAGAAACUGCUUCGUCUGCAGAAGAAAUCCGUAGAUGCUAUCGAGAAUGCUGAUGAAGAAGAAACAAGGUUAUUGAAAGGGUUACACAGAACUGAUGAGAAAUACAGUCCGAAGGAUUCUGGAUCUACGAACCUCAAACGGGACGUGGAAUCCGUUUCAAAGGAAACAGAAGCGAAGGACGGAGAUGUGUCUUCAGGCUCCGAAGACCUGAAGAAUGUGCUUUUAUCUGAUUCUGAAGACUCGCCUCAGAUUUCAUUGGACCUGUCCAACGAACCUGAAGCAUCAUUCUUGAACGCAGAAGGUGAAGACGCGGCUACCACCGUUCUUUCUGGUGGCUGUUAUGCCUUAAACAGCACCACGGAGAGGACUGACCUGCCAGAAACAACCACGGUCGUUGAGAAAAUGGCUGCCUUCGCGAACACACCGUUGCUCAGCUAUCAAGAUUUAAAUACGACUGAAUACCCGAGUACCACCGAACAGUUAGCUACUACUAUCACGACGGAACGUUACGACAGCGUUCAGGAAGAAACUUUGCCGCCCCAGAAGCAACAAGCUUUCGGUUUCUCGAAGAGUGUGGCAGAGUACAAUACCUCAGCGGAAGAUAAUAAUGAAACGACGGAGAAGAAGAACAUGCAGGCUGUAUCUGAAUUCGUGAAGAAGUUGGAGAAACUGGUGACAGACGCGGGGAACUCGAGCAACCAAACCGGCAGCACUUUGAUUCAUUUGAAAAAGUUCAUUAUCGUUCCUGAUAAUCAAACGUUUUGGAGUCUUGGGAAACUUUCAGAGCCUGAAGUAUCGCCAUCGUCGAGCACCGAGACUGUGGUUCUAAUGGGAGAAGGGGUGAAUGAAAAUGAAAACGUUGGGUCUGUAAACGAUAAGGAAGAUGAUGAAGUUGAUGAGGAAUCGAAACCAGCAGAGUCUGAUUUGAUUAAAGGGAUAAUUAGAUCGGUGAUAAGAGGCGAUGACGAGAAACGCGACGUGACGGGUUGUGGAACAGGGAAGAAGGAAGAACACGAGGAGCCCUCGAAAAAUAAUAACGUUUGCAAGGAAGAUAAAUCAAAUAUGAAAGAGAAAAGAGAAGCGUCUAUGAGUAACGCGGGGCGUGAACGAAAAAGGGAAUCUAAAAAGAAAGACAGCAGACAGGGGAAGAAGAAACGGCGACGAAAGCGGAAAAGAAAACCUAAGAAGAAGAAAAAGAACGCGAAUAAGAAGAAUGAUAAAAAGAUUAAGAGCAAAUGGCCCUUUAAAAGGAACUUACUCAUGCUAUCGGAAGAGGAACAGAUUGAAACACCGGACUGCGGAAACAAGUGGAGAAUCAUUGAUAAAUUUUCAUUGUGCGAGAAGAACAAGAAUAGGAUAGAACCGAAGAAGUCUGGUGAAAAUAAGUUCAAAGAACCGCAGAUUCGAGGAGGUCAAGAUUGCUCGAAUCACAGACAUCCCCCAAACGUGGAUCCUUCGAAAUACCUCGAAUCGGCGCACUGUCUACGAUUCAGUAACUUAUGGUACUCGGUCUACCAGCUGGAAGAACCUUUCGUAGCUCACAAAAUUCAUCUUCAAAUCUAUGUAAAAGGUAGUUCUGCCGAUGGAUCAAUUUUCUGGCAGGAUUUAACAAACGGUUCAUCCGUAAGAUUGGGCACCUUUGAUAAACACUAUCGGGAUACAAGGAACAGCAUGGAUUUCACGUAUAACGAUAUCAAAUUAACACCGAACACGGGCUAUAAUUUGGAUCCAACGAAAGAUCGUUUAUUGGUACCGUCCACGCUUUCCGAGGAUACAUCAAAGUACCCCGAAAUCGAAGGAUGGUCAGGCGAGUAUCUAGUGGUGCAAGCGGACAAGAUCAACGAGGAUACAAACGAGUGCGACAAAGCCGGUGUGGGUUUCACUGCGUUCGUUAAUCAACCGGAUCGUUGCGAACGUGUACGUGGAACCUGUUUGAAGAAUCAACCGAUGGAUUACUGGAGACACGACGUCGAAGCACGAGAUUCCGGACGGUCUGGUUGCUACUUCUUGAGCAAUUUCGCCUGGGUGCCGAGCGAGGCCAUCAAGUACAACGUGAACGGAACCGGAAGCCGCGAGUUCCUCGCCCUCGAGUACCAUUCGCCGCACGUGUCCGUGAUCGACGUUGAACUCGGGGCCGACUACAAUGCUCUCCUUCGAGCAGGGUCAUACGGUCGACUAACCGAGGUGUACAUAGAUAAUACCGCAAUUGAUUACACAGUGAUAACGGUGCUGAUUACCAACAAAGGCUCAUCUUCAUCCUCUUAUCGAGUCCGGAUUACAGACUGUCCCGAAGGACUUCCGGUGUCGUGGUUGAACGCCGAGUCUCCAAGCAAGACAAUCUCGUCCCAUCACGAUCGUAAAGUAGCUCUAGAUCUCUACGGGAGACUCUCAUUAAACGAAUUCUCUUGUUCCGUGGAGCUGUUGAACAGCAACGGGGAACCGGUAGCAACGAGAAGAAUAAAAACGAGAAAAAUGGAUCGUUGCUUUUGCGUGCGACACUGCGUGUGUACAUGCGACGGUGAAAGAACGAGUUGUCAGCCUAUGUCGUUGGAAAAUUAUCACGCUGCCGGUUUUCGAGGCCCGCUUCCGCCUACACCUGACGAACCUUUCAUCUGGUUCAAUCCCAUAACCAUAGUUUGCUUGUUUAUAAUCGGUGUUCUGUUGCUGUUGCUUCUUUUAGGUAUUUUCAAAUGGCUGAUCGGUCUAUGCUUGCCAGCAGUAGGACGUUGGGGAUUGGAUGCUCUAUUCGAAACGAAUAAAAUGAAGGAAUAUUUUGAAAAGGAUUUGAAAUCAAGAAGUGUAGUAUUGGAUGAAUCUGGUCAACCUGUGCAUCCAGACACGAGAAGGAAAUCUGUCAGAGUUUGCAAUAGGAAGUUGGAAUUUUUCCUGAAUUUGAUAUUUUUCUUCAUUUAUCCAUUGGUGAUUUGUUGCUGGUACUGUAUGAAACCUAGACACCCCAGUAAAAGUACGAUUCCUGUCGAAUCCCAGGCUAGUCUGAUGUCUGAAAAGGAGGAGUCCCCUACAAUGAUAUGCGUCAGCACGUACGGCGACAGUAUAAAUUCCAAGAUGGAGGCGGAGGACACGAAGUACGUAAUAGACGAGCUGAAGAAGUCACAGGAGUCCUUGCAGAAUCUCAACAGAUAUAAAAGGAAGCCGGAGAGCCCAGAAACUGUUCCAAGCUCGUCGGACUGAUAAGAAAAAGACGGGGGUAGGAGGUUCUCGACGCGUCGAGAUGCAUUUUCAAUCCAGACACGUCGAAAUACCGGUCCCAGGGAAAUAUGCGAUUUUACUCGACAGGAAUUAUACGCAAUGCGGUCGUACCACGGGACACGGACAGAGAAUUUGUGGACGUUGCCGGCUUGAUAUCCAUGGCGUGCGGGGGUGUGGGUGUGCACCCCUCGCUUUAACCUAUUUUUUCCGCCCGAGCGCUAUUUGUACGCGACGGUGGAAUGUAAAUAUUCAUAUAGAAUGCACGUAUUUUUUCGUGGAUUGCGCUUAGUCACGGGGAAAUAAAAAUAAACGCUCGUUACGCCGGGGAAUUUCAGCCAUAGGAUAUUCUCGCCUGUUUCACGACCACGGCUAAACCGUGUACGCUAAUCGAGGGACGAGGAUUGAUUUUUCUCCUUCCCUCGUUUCCCACCCUGUCAAUAUUCUACUCUCUAUUUUUUUAAGCUAAUUUAUCGUGAAACAUCGAAUCGACACGGACGUGAAACGUUAAUUCGAGUCAAUUAUAUCCUAUCAUCUCUCUACUGAAAUUUACGAGCUGUAGAGAAAAAAAGAGAGCUUUAUAUCCUAAAUCGCUUGAAUUUUAUCCGUACAUAAACAUUCUUUUUCGUGCCGAAUAAAACCAGCUCGUGUAACACGCGAGCGAUGAACGCUUAAUAUCUCGUGACACGCGGGUUAUCCUACUAACAGGAAAUUCCGGAAAAUGAAAUUGUCGAAUUUCAUCAAGUUUCGUGUUUACCGAUCGACACGAUCCAUUUCGACGUUAUUCCUCCGCUCAUCUCGUUAUAAUUCAAACACGUGGCGCGGUUUAAGCGAUGGCAAUUUUAGUGACGUAUCGCUUUAAAAUAAAAUUGCUUUCGCGAAGGUUUUAUCAUCUAAACUUUCCCCGCUUUCGUUCAUGCGUUUUAACGAUACCACCGGGGACAGAGUUGCGAACGAAAUUUACAUUGCAAAUAUUAUUUCCACGCAAAUACGCCUCCGUUUAUUGUAUCCUCGCUUGCUUUAUAGACUCUGUACAGUAGUUGAGUUUAGCAACUUUUUCAGGGGGAUCGCUAUUUAAAAUCGCGUUUCCUCGAUAGAAAAUUGAUGGCGUAAACGAGUUUCCCGUGAUAUUCGAUUAUACCAUAACUACGUCGAAAGAAUGGAUGCGUAUGCUAAGGAAAAGGAAACGAGGAGCUUCGUAUUAUGCGAUCGCGUUUAUCUACAUGCACCUGUGCCCAGCUUGAAUGCCCGUUCGUGCCCAGCCGCCAGAGAAAGGAGUUUCUUUGUCCAUUGUAAUU